GGUGCUGAAGGCACACUGCUGUCACGCUCCGCAAACAAAAAUAUACAGGACAACAUCUGAACAAUGCUCUGUUGAAAAAAUAUUUUUCCAGCUGUUGAAUGAGUAGGACAUGUUCCGUUCUCGAAACCAACUACACUUUAUACCAUACAACAUCUAAAGCACGACUAAAUACUUUUUUAGUCUGUGAUGGACGCACGCUUUGGACAGGUGCCGCUCACCGUUACGCACAGACACGGCGGGGUGAACCAACUAGGCGGGGUCUUCAUUAACGGGCGCCCGUUACCGCACGUGGUGAGACAGCGCAUCGUGGAGCUCGCCCAACGGGGUGUGCGUCCCUGUGAGAUCUCCCGCCGCCUGCGCGUCAGCCACGGCUGUGUCAGCAAAAUACUAGUCAGGUACAAUGAGACAGGAAGCAUCAUACCAGGAAUGAUUGGAGGCUCAAAGCCCAAAGUGGCCACUCCCAGAGUUGUGCAAAUGAUCCUGCAUCUGAAACACUCCAACCCCACCAUGUUUGCCUGGGAGAUCCGAGACAGGCUGCUGCUGGAGCGAGUGUGCGACCACGACAGCGUGCCCAGCAUCAGCUCCAUCAACAGGAUCAUCAGAACCAAAGUCCAGCCCGAGUCUUGUGAAGUUGUGUCAUCAGCAUCAUCUGUUGCCAUGGGAACAGCAUAUUCCUCUGAGUCCACCUAUUCCAUCAGUGGAAUUCUGGGAAUCAGGAAAUGCAGCAGCAAACAUAUGGAAGGUGGGGUCGUCUACCACGAGCAGCCAUGUUCCUGUAACGACGCCUGGGGAUUGUCCGACCCCUGCCUGAACUCUAUCUCCAGCCUGACCUUUUACCCGAGCCUGCCAGCUAAUCAUAAUCCAGAUCUUAUAGGUCAAUCUGCAUCAAAAUAUGAUCAUUUAUAUCCGACACGAAUACAGCUUUAAUGUUUUUCUCAUCUGUCCUUGUUUAGGGCCUCUGUGUCAUUACAGCUGAACGAGGCUGCAAAGAAGAAAGAAUACAAUUAUGUUAAUGCCAAAAACAAGAUCAUUUCAAAACUGAAUUGAUUGAAAUUGUAAUUAUUACAACAAGACUGACAUCA